UCAAGAACACAAAAGGCGCGAACUUUAUGCAAAUUGGGGCAUUUCACGUUACAUUAUUAUUAAAAAAACCCUUCAAAUUAUAUAAAAAAUUAGGAAAAUUCUUUUCGAUUUUCUGGACUCUUUCGAUUCAACGAGGAGAGUCCAGAAAAUGGGUCGCACGAUAAUGUGUUCAUCAAGUUUACAAUUAUUAUUCUUUUCAAUUUGAAUCUUCUUUUUCUUUGUAAUAUUUAAUUGGGUAUUUUUUCGGGAUUAAUUUGUUCAAUUGUCAACCAUUAGGGUUCUUGUUCAACCCAAGUACUACUGAACCCUAUGAUUUGACCCAAAAAGAUCGUUAAUUUCUGUUGCGAUGCGGCAUAAGUCGUUUGCAAUGGCAUGUUUCGGGUGUUUUUUCCAAAAGAAGUCUUCUCGAUCUCGGAAAGGGAAAAGUACCGUGGGGUCGAGUAAGAGUAUUCAGGGGACAAGUAAAAACCUUUCGGGGAAUAGUAAAAGAUCUCCGUCAUCAAAAAGGGCACGAGAAACCGAAAAUGCGGUGGUGCAAAAGUCACAUAACGCUGACAACUCUGACAGAAUGACUGAGCUUCGAAAGAAGAUCAUGAGUUUUAGAGAGUUGGUUGAUUUGCCUCCCUGUAUUGGUUCUUCAGGCGUUAUUGAGUUGGUGAAACACACAGUCAAAGAAUUGCAUAAAUUACACCCGGAUGUCGUGCAUUGUAUUUCGGUAUCAGAUUCAGGAGGAGCUAUGGAUAAGGCAAUCAAUGAGCUUUGUGCUGCUAUCAAGUCUCUCGGGAAGCAUUGGAUGCGUAAUGACGAAUGGAUGGUCAAAUCCAAAACAGACGAUGAAGUGAAUAGUGAUUUGGAAAAAUAUGUGUUGGCAUUGCUUGAUGACAUAAUUAAUGUGGCACGAGAGAAAAUGUAUAAUAAAAGGGAUACGAAUAAUAACAAAGAAAUGAAAGACAAUGUAGACUCACCUUCUAGUUCGAACGGGAAAUCUUCUUCAAUGUCUUAUCCGGACAAAGUACCUUCACCAACUUCAGUUCUCCGCGUGUUUUCAAAUAAUAAAUCUGCAAAGAUGGACCCUCAAGUAGCUGAAGGUGAUGAAGUGAAGAACAAAAUUGUGAAUCGUAAUGGCAAUGUGACGGUGCAGAUGGAGAUUUCACUACCGUCAUCAUCUUUAAAAUCAAUUGUGGAUUCGGAGAACGUACAGUUGAUUCCUGCAGGAGGGUUGCCAUCAACGUCUUCUGAGAGGCCAACGAUUUCAGCGGCAGUAGUGUCGUCGCCGUCACAACUAUUGGAUUCGGAAGCCAGUCAGUCGCAGUCACCACCUCAGCCAUGUGAGAAGUUGGAGAUUUCACCAGUUUCUAAGGAAACAGAAGAUGUGCCUUCACCAAAGAUGGCCACCAAUCUUCGUCCCCCACCACCUCCGCCACCAUUGCCGCCUCCGCCACUUCUCUCAGUGGUAGAAGGUGAUACUGAAACAACACCAGUGCCACCUCCACCUCCACCUCCACCGUCAAUGACCAUAAGUAAUACAACAUCAGUAUCACCUCCACCACCGCCACCUCCACCACCGCCACCACCGCCACCGCCACCGCCACCACCGCUGCCACCAGUAACAAGUAAUACAACAUCAUUGUCACCUCCACCGCCCUCAUUCACCGCAAGUAAUGUAUCGACACCGCCACCACCACCGCCACCACCGCCGCCUCUGUCGUCGUCAGACAAUGGCAAUGGCAUGCCAGUGGCACUAGGAUUGCCUCCACCACCGCCGCCAGCUCCAACAGCACAUGGAAGCAUUCCACCACCAGCUCCGACAGCAUGUGGAAACAUUCCACCACCACCACCACCUAUACCAUCAUCUAACGGAUCAGUUCCAACACCAAAACCAGUGCAAGAGGUCAAAGGGGGUGCUCCACCACCACCCCCUGGUGGUAGUAAUGGCGGCAAAUUGCUGCGUAAAUCAGUUAGCAAGUUAAAAAGAUCAUCUCAGAUGGGAUGCCUGUACCGCCAACUCAAAGCAAAGGUUGAAGGAUCAGGUACCAAAACUAGAACAUCGCAAAAGAAAGACAGUAAAGUUGUGCCUGCUUCUAGUGGUAAUGAAAAAAAGGGAAUGGCUGAUGCACUUGCAGAGAUUACAAGACGAUCAUCCUACUUUCAGCAAAUCGAAGAGGAUGUGAAAAAUUAUUCAAAUUCUAUCAAAGAGGUGCAAGUUGCAUUGAUAAAGUUUCAAACAACAGAUAUGGAUGAGCUCAUCAGCUUCCACAAAUACGUGGAAUCCCAUCUUGAGAAACUAUCCGAUGAAACGCAGGUUCUGGCAAGGUUCGAAGAUUUUCCUAGUAAGAAGUUGGAGGGAUUAAGAAUGGCUGCAGCGUUAUACUCCAAGUUAGAUGCGAUAGCCGAUACGUUGCAAAACUGGAAUAUAGAGCCACCAGUGAAUCAACUUCUUGAUAGAGUUGAGAAUUAUUUCAAUAAGAUCAAAGGAGAAUUGGACACAUUAGACCGAACGAAGGAUGAAGAAAUCAAGAAAUUUAAGAGCCAAAAAAUCCAUUUUGAUUUUGCUAUACUUACCAGAAUUAAAGAACUCAUGGUGGAUGUCUCCUCAAGCUGUAUGGAAUUGGCAUUAAAGGAAAGAAAAUUGGCAAGUGCGUCUAGAAAAAACGCGAAGAAGGUUAGUUCAGGGAAAACCCUUUGGAAGGCAUUCCAGUUUGCAUUUCGGGUCUAUUCAUUUGCUGGGGGACAAGAUGAUCGUGCUGAAAACUUAACAAGAGAGAUCGCACAACAAAUACAAGCCGACAAUAUGCAGUAGUAUUUUUUUUAAAUAAGAAAACAAAAACCUUAGUGACAUGUAUAUAUAGAGAGAACAAAUGCUUGCAGCACAACACUGAGUCAUUUAAGGCGCUUGAUCGCGCUCACUAUAAGAGUUUUGUGAUCAUCUAAUGUGUUACAUUAGGCUUAUA